UUCUUGAUUCCCACUCAUCCCUUCUUUUAAAAACACCUUCACCUUCACUAACCACUUCAAACUAACUUUUUCAUCUCCAAUUUCUCUCCAUUUCUUCACCUUCAAAUUUUCCACUAACCCAUGAAAUGACAAUCAAAUUUCUCACCAUUUUAUUCAUGGCAGCCUCUCUUCUCCUAUCUUUAUACUUCAUACCCACAAAACUAACCACACCCAUCUCAACAUACUCACCACUAAUCACCUUAAAGGACCAAAAACCCUACCCAGUAACUUUUGCUUACUUAAUCUCAGCAUCUAAAGGGGAUUCAGAGAGGGUUAUUAGAGUAAUAAAAGCACUUUACCAUCCUGGGAAUUAUUAUUUGAUUCAUAUGGAUUCAGAUGCAGAGGAACUUGAGCAUAAAAAAGUUGCUGAAUUUGUGUCUAAAGAACCGGUUUUUGAAGCUGUGGGGAAUGUUUGGAUGGUGGGAAAAUCAAAUUUGGUGACUUACAGAGGUCCUACUAUGCUUGCUACUACUCUUCAUGCCAUGGCUAUUUUGUUGAGGACUUGCCAAUGGGAUUGGUUUAUUAAUCUUAGUGCCUCUGAUUAUCCUUUGGUUACUCAAGAUGAUCUAAUUGAUGCAUUUUCCAGCUUACCAAGGGAUCUGAAUUUCAUACAGCACACUAGUCACUUAGGGUGGAAAGUGAAUAAGAGAGCAAAGCCAAUUAUGAUAGAUCCAGGGCUUUACAGCCGAAACAAAUCAGAAAUUUGGUGGGUAAUAAAACAAAGGAGUGUGCCCACUGCAUUCAAGCUCUUUGCAGGUUCAGCUUGGACAGUAUUGUCAAGAUCAUUUGCUGAGUAUAGUAUAGUAGGUUGGGACAAUCUCCCAAGAACUCUGCUCCUCUACUACACAAACUUUGUAUCCUCACCUGAAGGCUACUUUCAAACACUUAUAUGCAAUUCUCAAGACUACAAAAACACUACAGUCAAUCAUGAUCUUCACUACAUCACUUGGGAUACACCUCCUAAGCAGCAUCCAAGGUACCUUGGCCUUAAAGAUUACAGAAGAUCGAUCCUCAGCAGCCGCCCGUUUGCAAGAAAGUUCAAGACAAAUGAUCCAUUGCUCGACAAAAUCGAUCGCGAGCUUCUUAAGAGGUAUAAUGACAAGUUUUCUUAUGGAGGUUGGUGUUUAGGAAAUGGCAAUAGACAGAAGUCAUGUUCAGGUUUAGAUUAUGAGAAAUAUGGUGAUUUGAAGCCUGGACCAGGUUCAAGAAGACUUAAAAGUUUGCUGGCUAAACUUGUUUCAGAAAAGAAUUUCACAAAACGACAAUGUAGAUGAUUUUUUUGCCUCUUUCUAUUUGACAAAAUGGCACGGGCUUGUUUUUAAGAGAUUAGAAUCCUUCUGAUCACAAAAGCUAGCUGUUUGAUAUGCAACAUAAAAGUAUAUAUGUUCUAACGGUUGUGUCA